AUGUUGCCGGUGGCAGGUGCCAUCCGCAGCUGCCCUCUGCAUUUGCGCCGCACAGUUACUGAGCCAGCAGUUGCUCGGCGCUGUCACAGCUCAGGGGAUGCGUUACUGCGGGUUUUUCCCUCAGAAAAGCCGCUGCCCGGGCCCGGUCGCUCAGACUGCAACCAGCGCCCCGUCAGCCUCCAGCGCCGCACGGCCCCAGGCGCUGGGGACGAAGGCGCCGCAGGCGGGGCCGGUUUGAAGCCCCGCUCGCUGGCGAAGGCUUUUCGUGGAAAAAAGGUCCAUGGAGAAUAUGACAUAAAGGUUGAACAGGCAGAAUUUUCAGAAGUCAACUUGAUAGCCCAUGCUGAUGGCAAUUAUGCAGUAGAUAUCCAAGUAUUUCGAAAUGGCACUAAAGUUGUCAGGUCAUUCAGGCCUGAUUUUGUCCUUGUUCGACAACAUUCAUUCAGUAUGGCAGAAAAUGAAGAUUUCCGUAACUUGAUCAUUGGAAUGCAGUACGCAGGCAUCCCUAGCGUCAACUCCCUGGAAUCAAUCUAUAACUUCUGUGACAAACCGUGGGUGUUUGCCCAGCUGGUGUCUGUCUACAAAACUUUGGGUCCAGAGAAGUUCCCUUUAAUUGAGCAAACGUUCUAUCCAAAUCACAAGGAAAUGCUAACAAUGCCAACAUUUCCCGUUGUUGUGAAGAUUGGACAUGCUCAUUCAGGCAUGGGAAAGAUCAAGGUAGACAACCACUACGAUUUUCAGGACAUAGCCAGCGUGGUAGCACUUACUCAGACCUACGCCACUACUGAACCCUUCAUAGACUCCAAAUAUGACAUCAGGAUCCAAAAGAUAGGCAGUAACUACAAGGCAUACAUGAGAACUUCCAUAUCUGGAAAUUGGAAGACAAACACGGGCUCUGCAAUGUUGGAACAAAUUGCUAUGUCAGAUAAGUACAAGCUUUGGGUUGACACCUGUUCUGAAAUAUUUGGUGGUUUGGACAUCUGUGCUGUUAAAGCUGUACAUGGAAAGGAUGGAAAAGAUUAUAUUUUUGAGGUCAUGGACUGUGCAAUGCCUCUGAUUGGUGAGCAUCAGACUGAAGACAGGCAACAUAUAACUGAUCUAGUCGUAAGCAAAAUGAACCAAAUGUUGUCCAAAACUCCUAUACCAUCUCCUCAGAGACCCACUGCCACUCAGCAGCCUCAGAGUGGAUCACUAAAGGAGCCAGAGCCAAACAAAAUCCCACCUCAGCGACCACCACCUCAAGGGGGCCCAGUGCAACCCCAAGGAAUGCAAUCACAAAGCCAGGAGCCAUUGCAGCCACAGCGCAUGUACCCUCCUGGGCAGUCAGCAAAGCCCUCAACUUCCCAGCCACAGCGUCCACCUGGACCUACAACUCAGCAACCGCGUCCCCAGGCUCAAGGUCCUUCCAGCACCAGAUUAGCAAAGGAAGCAGAGCCACAGCCGCAGCCACAGCCUCAGCCUGCUCAACAGCCUGCUCCACAGCCAGCUCCACAGCCUGCUCCACAACAGAAGCCUCAGUCUCACCCACAACUUAACAAGUCGCAGUCUUUGACAAAUGCCUUCAGUUUCACAGAAUCAUCCUUCUUCCGGUCAUCUGUGAAUGAAGAUGAAGCAAAAGCUGAAACUAUUCGAAACUUGAGGAAGUCCUUUGCUAGUCUUUUUUCUGAUUAGCCAGCUUCAUCUAAAUGCACCUAGCAUAUAGUCUGAAAACUAUGUGAAUGUUAUAUAGGUUUUGUUUUCCCUGUGACAGUACCCUUCUCUACUGUGCUAUCUGUUGUAUUAAGCAAUAUGUUAAACUUACAAAAAAAAAA